GGCGGCGACCUUGUUUGAGACAAGCCUCGCACCCGUCGCCCUGGGCGAGACAAGCUGUAUGACAGGGACUGACACUUAGACCUCGUGUUCCUCUGGUUAGAGCCGUCACAGAUAAGUAGGAGUCCUACGGAAACACUACCUAUUCGUCUCGUUAACAGUCCACACACGAUCCGUGGGCAUGCUUGCACCGUUCCGCCGAUUGUGUCACUCCAGUUUGCUUCCUGAGGGCACCGUGCACGAAUUUUCAUCACAGCAUGCAUUUCAACAGGAAGGAUACCAACACAACAUAAACCAGUGAAGUGAAGAGACAAUCUUUCAAGAAACAGGAAAUGCAAUUAUUGGAUUAAAUUUACCGGAAGUGCACUAAACUGUGAGACUAGGCCGAACACAUUUCGAGGAUCGCAACCUCUUUCGAUUAUUGUACUUCUUUCGUUCUUUCAUACGGCUCAGUUAUCAUGAUGCUAACAUUCAAUUAGCCUUUUUAAGAAAGAAUGUCUCGUUAGAAAUCACGAGAUUUUAAGAAAGUAGGUUCACACACGCGACGUCAGGGAUAAAAAAUGUAAUGCUAUCACAAGGAAUGUACCAGAUCACGUAAACGGGGCGCUGACCAACUAAUGGUGCUCUGAAGCGCUCGUGCAGAAAGCGUGAUGGGAGGCUCAUUGAUUGGAAUAUCACUUUAUAUAUUGUCUUGUUUAUGUGUUACCAUAUUUGGGCAUGCACGGUUAUGGGAGCCACCUGCAAGGUCAACAAUGUGGAGGAGAGGUUUUCAAUCUCCGGUCAAUACUAACGACAACGAACUGAACUGUGGCGGAUACGAGAAUCUUUGGAUAAAAUUUAAUGGAAUGUGCGGGAUUUGUGGAGAUCCGUAUCAACAACACCCACGCGAAAACGAGGCUGGCGGGAAAUACGCUACUGGCACCGUUUCACGUCACUACAAAACCGGUGACAUCGUCACAUUUUCUGUAGACGUCACUGCCAAUCAUGAAGGGUAUUUCGAAUUCCGGUUGUGUCCUGCGGAUGGUGCUGUAACUCAAGCAUGUCUUGACCGAUAUCCAGUUCCAGUAAUCGGCCAUUCUGAUGGCCGUUACCACCUCAAGGCGCAUGAGAACGGUAUCAUUGAUAUGAAGGUCAAACUUCCCGCCAGUCUGGCAUGCGACAGGUGUUUGCUUCAAUGGCGAUAUCGAACAGGUAACCGCUGGAACUGCGAUCAGAAGAGCGGCAAAUGCGGUAAGGGACUUGGUUCACAGGAGGAGUUUUACGGAUGUGCUGACAUUUCUAUUUUGGACUUCCGGUUAUCCAUGUCACUUCCUGUUUCUAAGCCAGUUAGCAACUUCAGACGAAUUACCAGUCGGACUCGCAAACCUGUUACCAGGAUGGUCAAAAGACCGACAAAAACCGUACGCGUCCGAAACAAAAUCCCAAAUACGGCUACUAAACAGAUGAAAACGGCGAACUAUCAUCAAAAGUCAAUUCCGAAAACGGUGAUUCGCAAAGGCAAGCAAUUAGAUAAUUUAAGUGGCGUAUUAUGGAAACUUUUGAAAAGUUUGACGAAUAGGGAUCCAAGUGGAAGAAACGUAGCACUGGUCAAGUGGGACCCACAAAGUCGGAGCUAUAAGUCAAACAUCGUUUACGUCCGUCCAAAGGUUGGACAAUUACAUUCUGGACAACAGGGUCGCCUUUCUGUGAAUAACGUGCGUUCCUAUUGGCCACCUCAGCAGCCAAUGAUUGUGGAAGCUACAGUAGACAAGCCCCAGACUGGUCCGGUCAUUUUGUCUGACCCGCCCUUUGAACAAGUGCUUAAGAAAAAAAUACCUCCAUCAGUUUUUGGAAAUUUGAAAAACAUUUCAACUUGCAUAGGAGCGAACAAUUUCGCCAAAGUUUCUGGCAUUGCAAAAUGGUGUACAGUCAAUUGUAAAGCAGGAAACUGUCCGCGCGUGAUGUGCACGUGCACAAGGGAUGCAAAAAGAGCACGUAUAGAAAAUAAAGCUGUUGCUUCACGCGUAAAUCCUUUCCGUCCAGUUCUACGUUCCGGGGGAAAGAACAACCAUAUUUCCUAUAAAAAACAACCCAGUACCUCAUCCGGUUUGUUACGAUGUAAAGGGGUUGGACAUUUUUCACGUGAUCAACAGAUCAUUAGAUGGUGCAAUUCGAACUGUAACAAAGGAUUCUGUCCAAAACAUAUGUGUAUUUGUAUAUAGAUAUUUAUUUAUAAUACUCGGAAAACUCUCAGAGCAGGAACAUAAUUAUAUUCGUCGUCAAAUUCUGCAUCGUCAUUACCUUACUAGUCAACUCCAGUUCAUAGUGUUACAUAAGACUGUAGUACUUGUCAUCUUGGACUCGUGUAGAAAUUCUAAUUAAGAUUGAACGACAUUGACACAAAAUUUUAUAUAAUACCACCGAAAAAAUAAAAACUAUAAAAUCUUUUAUCCAAUCAAAUUGUAAGCAUUACAUUUGUUCAAAUACAUUGUACAUAAAAAUUAAAGCAAUUCUAGUACGGCUAUCGUC